ACCCACCUCGGCCUCCCAAAGUGCUGGGAUUACAGGCGUGAGCCACCGCGCCCAGCCUAGUUUCAGAACUUCUUAAUGGCUAGCAUGUGGAAUUGUAUACCUGUACCAAAGUCAGAAUCCCAUAAUAUUACUUUUAUAUGGGAUGGAGGGAAAAUACAUUAUCUACAUUCUUCAAAAUUCAGCAAGUAUACUAUUUGGUUGAUUCAUAACUAGGAGAAAAAAUCUCACAGCCUUUUAGAAACACAAUAUUUGUUGAUACUGAAUUUUGAAACUAUCAUAGAUGUAGCCUCCAGGAGUUUACUUAUCCCUGUUUUCAAACCAUUUAUUUAUUCAACAGAUACUUAGUAAGCACUUACUAUGUGGCAGACAGUAUACUUAGCGUUGCAGAUAUAGCAGCGAACAAGGCAAUUAUAGUCUCUGCCACCACUCAGAUUCUGAGUGAUACAGUUCUCUCCAGUUGCUGAAACAAAUGAAAAAAGCACAUAAGUGGAAUGUCCCUUUGAAAAUCCAGUAUAUUGUUCCAAUAAAUAUAUACAUGGUAAGGGUGGGGUGAUAGCAGGGACUUUGUCUUAUUUCCCACUUAUCCCCAGAGUUUAGGAAAAUGCCUGACAUUAGUCAGUAUUUCAUAAAUGAUAGAUGGAUGGAUGAAUAUAUUUCACUCAUCAAACCUUUUUAAAGGAUUUAGACUUAGGAGGACUGUAGCAUAACUUGAGGACAGGGGCCAUAGCAUAUCUAUUUUCUUAUGCCAGAGCCUAGCACUGUGUAUGUUAUGUGCUGAAAUAAGAACGUUAAGGAAUUCAUCUCCAUUUUGUGCAGUUGCGAGUAACUAACUGAAGCCAAUAGAAUUAAACACCAAGGAAAGAUAGCUCUUUCAUCAUUUACCCAGUUAGGACCUAUUUCUAACAGGUGGGAUCGUGGUCAAUAGAAGUUGCUUCUCAGAGUAAUUUCUACUUAACCUUCAAUGUCCAUGAACCCAUAGCCAUGUGCUGUGGUACCAUGGCCAGGGAAACGCAGCUUUUGAGAUAGAGACUGAAGUGACUGGUAAAAUUUUAAUCUUCUCCUGCAGCAUGAGUAAGUUCUCCAAGAAGCUGGAGAAGCACAAGUAAAUGCUUCACUAUUUAGCCAUGAGCUCAAGCUAGAAAGUGGCUGAAAUUCAUGCCUAUGCAGUGAAUUCCUCAUUGGUUAGGAAUAGCCUCACAGAGUUUGAUGGAGUUUUGAAUUGGUGCAUUAGAUCACACAAUUUGACCACUCAACUCAGCACCAAGCCUGUUCAUUUUGGAUAGGUGAGGCCACUUUAGCCAUUUUAUUUCUACAGAUAAUCACUAUGUUAUAAUUAUUUGGUUUCACAUUUCUCCCCUGUAUAAAGAGUUGGGUAGGGUUGUCUUGACUAAUCCAUCUUAUGUGGUCCUAGCCCAGCACUACACUCAAUAAAUGUUUGUAUUAGGUUGAACUAUAUAAAAUGCUGUGUUUGUAAGUCAAAAAAUAGUCAAAUAUUAGCAAUGAUCAAGUGAAUAAUAAGAAAAAUUCAAGCAGUGAAUGAGUGGUUGGACUAGAUGAUUUUAAAGAUGUCUUCCGGUUCUGGAAUUCCAUGACCUUAUAAUUCAAACAUAAAUAACAUCAUCAGUGAGUUUCAAUACUUAGUUACCAACUUAUGAAACCAUGGUAUUCAUAUUAUACACAAACAUAGCACCUUGUUCUUGUCCUUCUCGGAACUUAUCACAAUGAUUUAGCUAUUUUUAUACUAGAUGACUAUGUGCUCCUCAUCUUAAUGUGUAUAAUACGUAGCUAAUGUGUAAGAUGUAUAAUACAUAUAUACAUAAAUAUAAACGGGUAGACAGAUGAUAGAUACAGUGUAUGUGUUUCCAUCAGCUGUUUGUUAAAAGGUAGAUGAUACAUUAAUACUGUGUUGUUUUCAUGUCUCUUCUGUUCCAGUGCUUUAAGGUGGCAGGUGUAGUCCACUGUGAUUCAAACUAUGAAUUUUUUCAUUGAUGAGUUCUGAUAUGCUAAAUUCAGCAACUGAGCACCUGUAUAAUAUGUUAGGUCAUCAUAUUAAUAAUGAAGAUUACAUAGUUGACUUGCCUUUUUUUGGGGGGAAUAUAGAAAAACAAAAACCCUAGAAAUAUAACUGAUUUUAAAACAAACUAAAAUGAUGAUUGAGAACAGUAAUACUAUCUAUAAUUCCAUUGCAUCUAGUAGGAAAUUAAUUUUGCAGAGCCACUCAGUUUGUUUUGAUUAUUCUUUAUUUCAAAAAUGAAAUUCUCAGUUUUAAUCUCAACAGUAAAUCUCUUGAUUAUAGCAGAGCUGAUUUUUAUCUGUCAAUAAGUUAAAAAAAUUUUGAGGAGGAAAAGCAAGCAUCAACUUCCAGGGAUCUAGUAACUUCCUAACUUAAUGGAACUUGCCUAAGAGUAGAUGAAGUUUUCAUUUUAAAACUUUGCCUUUAGUAGUCAACACUGUCCUCAACACAGCUACAGACUAUAUAAUAUAGCGUCCAUACAAUACAGGGCAUUUCUGUAUGAAUAAAGUAUUACAUUUUUUAAAAAUAUCUUUUAAAAAAUGAAGUUAUAGCUUAAGACCUGACUGAAGGGCUUUAGGGAAAUAAAACUUUGUUCCUUUUCUAAAUUUUAGAUAUUUCCCUUAUGGUAAUAUAGGGAAUUAAAGUGAUCGGUAUAAUAAGGUAGUUUAAGAUAGUAAUGUGUAUGUGUUAACAGACUUCUAUCUCUGCGUCAACUGUAAGAUUUACCUGGUUUUUAUACUCUGAAGAGUUUAUAUUUAAAUUCAACAUAAUAAAACAUUCAAAAUAAGAAUCUCUGAACUUAGUUUUAUUUUAGACUGCUUAUGAAAAAAUCACUUCUUAAAGUGCACAGAUGCACACAUCCACCCUCCCAUCCUUUGUGAUAGAAAAAAUGAUUACUUAGCUUGGUAAAUCACAUUGCUUCUCCUGAAGUAGACUGACUGUACCCAGUGCUGUGAAAGAAAGCCCAGUGAAUGAGUAAGGAAGGGUGGCUAUUGUUUAGUGCUCUCUAGCAAAAGAACAGGAUUGGGGGUGGGGUUGGGGCGAGGAUUGAGUUUAACUGGCAUUGGCUCUGGCUUUUCUGCAUUCCAAACUGUCUGAGGCACGAAGUGAGAGCGAAAAGGGAGAGAGCAGGAGAGCGAGCACAGGAGAGCGAGUACAGUAUACAAAGUGUUUUGAGUUUCUGACUGGCGUGCCGGAAAGAUCAUGUUAGCUCACCCAGAAACUUCACAGGAUGCAGACCCCAGAGGUACCAGCAGAAAGGUCCCCUCGUAGACGCAGUAUCUCAGGGACCAGUACAUCAGAGAAACCCAACUCCAUGGACACUGCAAAUACCUCACCCUUCAAAGUACCAGGAUUCUUCAGCAAGCGCCUGAAAGGCUCCAUCAAGAGGACCAAAAGUCAGUCAAAGCUUGACAGAAACACGAGCUUUCGGCUUCCAUCCCUUCGCAGUACAGAUGACAGGUCUCGUGGGCUGCCUAAACUAAAAGAGUCACGUUCCCAUGAAUCCUUGCUGAGCCCAUGCAGCGCAGUGGAAUGUCUAGAUCUUGGUAGAGGGGAACCUGUAUCAGUGAAACCACUUCAUAGUAGCAUCCUUGGACAAGACUUCUGCUUUGAGGUUACCUACUUAAGUGGAAGUAAAUGCUUCAGCUGUAACUCCGCUUCUGAGAGAGAUAAGUGGAUGGAAAACCUUCGCAGGACAGUUCAACCUAAUAAGGACAAUUGCAGGCGAGCUGAAAAUGUUCUUCGUUUAUGGAUCAUUGAAGCCAAGGACCUUGCCCCUAAAAAGAAAUAUUUCUGCGAACUGUGCCUUGAUGAUACCCUCUUUGCUCGUACAACCAGCAAGACCAAAGCAGACAAUAUUUUCUGGGGCGAACAUUUUGAAUUCUUCAGCCUUCCACCUCUUCAUAGUAUCACAGUUCACAUUUACAAGGAUGUGGAAAAAAAGAAAAAAAAAGACAAGAAUAAUUAUGUAGGGCUAGUCAACAUCCCCACUGCCAGUGUGACUGGUCGCCAAUUUGUAGAAAAGUGGUAUCCGGUGAGUACACCUACACCCAACAAAGGAAAGACAGGAGGACCUUCUAUUCGGAUUAAAUCACGUUUCCAAACUAUCACCAUUCUGCCUAUGGAGCAAUAUAAAGAAUUUGCAGAAUUUGUCACCAGCAACUACACCAUGCUGUGUUCUGUCCUUGAGCCAGUAAUUAGUGUGAGAAAUAAAGAGGAGUUGGCUUGUGCCUUAGUGCACAUUCUUCAAAGUACUGGCAGAGCCAAGGAUUUUCUGACUGACUUGGUGAUGUCUGAGGUGGAUCGUUGUGGAGAACAUGAUGUCUUGAUCUUCAGAGAGAACACUAUUGCCACCAAAUCCAUUGAGGAAUACCUCAAGUUGGUGGGACAACAGUAUCUUCAUGACGCACUGGGGGAGUUUAUCAAAGCUUUGUAUGAGUCAGAUGAGAACUGUGAAGUGGAUCCCAGCAAAUGUUCAUCUAGUGAACUGAUAGACCAUCAGAGCAACCUGAAAAUGUGCUGUGAGCUGGCUUUCUGCAAGAUCAUCAACUCUUACUGUGUUUUCCCUCGUGAGUUGAAAGAAGUGUUUGCAUCAUGGAAGCAGCAGUGCCUGAACCGUGGCAAGCAAGACAUCAGCGAGAGGCUCAUCAGUGCCUCAUUAUUUCUCCGUUUUUUGUGUCCAGCCAUUAUGUCUCCCAGUCUUUUCAACCUUAUGCAGGAGUAUCCUGAUGACCGCACAUCUCGGACUCUAACUCUUAUUGCCAAGGUCAUUCAGAACCUGGCCAACUUUGCCAAGUUUGGUAACAAAGAGGAAUACAUGGCAUUCAUGAAUGAUUUUUUAGAACAUGAAUGGGGUGGAAUGAAGCGCUUUCUUUUGGAGAUCUCUAAUCCAGACACCAUCUCAAACACCCCAGGCUUUGAUGGUUACAUUGAUCUGGGCCGAGAGCUUUCAGUUUUGCAUUCCUUACUGUGGGAAGUAGUUUCCCAACUUGAUAAGGGUGAAAAUUCCUUCCUACAGGCGACCGUGGCAAAAUUGGGGCCUCUCCCUCGUGUUCUUGCUGAUAUUACCAAGUCAUUGACUAAUCCUACGCCAAUACAACAGCAACUGAGACGCUUCACUGAACAUAACUCCAGUCCAAAUGUCAGUGGAAGCCUCUCCUCUGGGCUGCAGAAAAUAUUUGAAGACCCCACUGACAGUGAUUUGCAUAAACUAAAAUCUCCAAGCCAGGACAACACAGACAGCUACUUCAGAGGGAAAACAUUAUUGCUGGUUCAGCAAGCCUCCUCUCAGAGCAUGACUUAUUCUGAAAAGGAUGAAAGGGAAAGUAGCCUUCCUAAUGGUCGGAGCGUCUCCCUCAUGGACCUCCAGGACACUCAUGCUGCUCAAGUGGAGCAUGCAUCUGUCAUGCUUGAUGUGCCUAUACGCUUGACCGGAAGCCAGCUUUCCAUAACCCAGGUGGCCAGCAUCAAACAGCUGCGGGAAACCCAGAGCACUCCCCAAAGUGCACCCCAAGUGAGAAGGCCCCUGCACCCAGCCUUGAACCAGCCAGGUGGCCUUCAGCCCUUGUCAUUCCAGAACCCUGUCUAUCACCUCAAUAACCCAAUUCCAGCAAUGCCAAAGGCCUCUAUAGAUUCCAGUUUGGAGAACCUAAGCACUGCCAGUUCCAGAAGCCAAAGUAACAGUGAAGACUUCAAGCUUAGUGGACCCAGCAAUAGCAGCAUGGAAGAUUUCACUAAACGUAGCACUCAGAGUGAGGACUUCUCCAGGCGGCACACUGUGCCAGAUAGACACAUACCUCUUGCUUUGCCACGACAAAAUAGUACUGGGCAGGCCCAGAUCCGAAAAGUGGACCAGGGUGGGUUAGGUGCCCGAGCCAAAGCCCCACCAUCCCUGCCACAUAGUGCUUCCUUACGUAGCACUGGGAGCAUGUCAGUGGCGUCCGCAGCCCUGGUGGCCGAACCUGUGCAGAAUGGGAGCCGGUCCCGGCAGCAAUCCUCUUCCUCCAGAGAGAGCCCUGUUCCCAAAGUGAGAGCAAUCCAGAGACAACAGACACAGCAGGUUCAGUCACCUGUGGACUCUGCCACAAUGUCCCCAGUAGAGAGGACAGCAGCCUGGGUUCUGAACAAUGGGCAGUAUGAAGAGGAUGUGGAAGAAACUGAGCAAAAUCAAGAUGAAGCCAAGCAUGCUGAGAAGUAUGAACAAGAAAUUACUAAACUGAAGGAGCGCCUGAGAGUGUCCAGCCGGCGACUGGAGGAAUAUGAACGCCGCUUGCUGGUGCAGGAGCAGCAGAUGCAGAAGCUGCUGCUGGAAUACAAGGCCCGACUGGAGGACAGCGAGGAGCGGCUCCGAAGACAGCAGGAAGAGAAGGACAGCCAGAUGAAAAGCAUAAUCAGCAGGCUAAUGGCUGUGGAAGAAGAACUGAAGAAGGAUCAUGCUGAGAUGCAAGCAGUUAUUGAUGCAAAGCAGAAAAUAAUUGAUGCACAGGUCAUAAAUGGAGAUGAGAUUAUUCAAACAGGAAAAACGGAUCGUGUCCCUGGAUUCAGCCAACACCAGACUGAUGAGCGCGCUGACCCAAGUGAAGGAGCGGUACAGCAUGCAGGUCCGCAAUGGCAUCUCCCCCACCAACCCCACCAAGCUUUCCAUCACGGAGAAUGGUGAAUUCAAAAACAGCAGCUGCUGACGGGCUUUGUGAAUAGACAGACUGUGGAAGGAGACAGAGGGAAACUGAUCCACUCUCCUAUCCCCAGACCUUUACCUAGCCCCUCCAGGUUUACAGAAUGUUGCUACUUCACAAUGGCAAUGUGGUGAGAAACUCUUGAAUGAAGAAAGGAACCUUGUCUUUCAGGGCAUAAGGCAGUGACUUCCAAGGUCAAUGCUUUUCCCCCACAUCUCUAUGUACAUAGGGAACUUAGUUCUGGGCCAUGUACAGAAAAUAUCACUGUAAUAUACCAAAAGGAAGUUAAUAAUGUAGAUUACCUUUUUGAUUAUUGCUAUUUUUAUUAUUGUUUUCCUCUUGUUGAAAGCACUGCAGUUGUUAGAGGAAGUAAAGUAGGAACUGUUGUGUGAGUGAGACACGAGCCUGUAGGUUCAGUAGGUAGAGACCAAGCAUCUAUCUGAUAGAAGCACAUGGAGUGCAAUAGGACAUUGUGAGAAGGAAUUUUUCAGGGAUUCAUCUACUAGUUUAAAAACCCCACUCUGGCCCCCUUGUCCUUUCAGAAAACAUGCAAAUACCAAGAUCCAUACAAAACAAUAAUUUAUUCCACUGAUCAACCAAGACUGGUUCUGGUUGGAAGCUAAUCUGAUUUGGGGAUUCACUGUUUCAGAGGACACAGACAAAAGCUGUUGCAUCAAAACUGGACUUUAGGAGUAAUUUCGAUGGAACUCCUGUCAAUAUGUUUAUUUCCUCUGUCUACAGCAGAUGGGAAUCUUCUCUUUUAGAUAGGGGCUUUUUUUUUUAACCCCAAUGGUAAUAAAGGGUGUUCUCUUUCCUCUUUAGAGUUUACAAAGCUAUAAAUAUUUGUCUCUCCACGUACCAUCUUCAUCUUCACACAUUCACUGCGCUUUCCUCCCCAUGGUGGGAGCUGUCGUCACCAACAGGGUUUACUCUCCCCUGGAGAGGUUAUUUAAAUAGCUGUCCAUAAGCCAUCCAAAUCAACACCCUUUCUUCCAUACAGAAAAGGGCUAACCAUACCAUAGCUGGAAUCUCUGAAUAUUUCCUAUUAAAAUUUUUUUCUGUGUGUUACGUUAUAAUUUUUGUUUGGGAUAAAGACUUUAUCCAUUGUACUAGCAAAUCUAUGGGGGGUAAUUUUAUCUCCAUCUUUAACUUUUAAAGUGCUUCUUCCCCUUAUCCCCUCAAUAAAGAAAGGAAAUCCAAAUUUGAAGCAUCACUCUCUUAAAAGUGAUGAUUGCUCAUGUUUAAAAAAAGAAAAAGAAAAAAAUUGAAAGUGUCAGGAUGGCACAUUCCAAUUGUUAUUCCCAUGCUGGUAGAUCUGACAAUAAUGACCCAGUUUCAACACUUGUCAUCUAUAGCCUUAUUAUUAUAGAACAGAAAAAGUCAUGGAAAUGAAUUCAUUUCCUUUUUUCCAAAGGUGUGAAAUAUCAUCUUGAAUGCAACCUUGAUUACCAGAAGUAUGGCGUGUUACAUGUUAAACAGACAUUAUAUAUACAAAUAUAUAUACACAUAUAUAUUCAUACAUAUGUACAUAUAACUGCACAAAUAGGAAAAGUUCAUGCCUUCUAUGCUGUUCAGAUAUAAUGUUAAAAGGGUCCUGAACCUCUUUAAGCAAGAUCUAAGCAGUUGUUUUAUAUUGAGAAAGCAACAAUGUUUCUCGAAUAAGUUGAUGUUGAUUUUAAAUUAUAGGCUUUAAAGAAUUUUUUUUUCUAGAAAAAGGGGAUGGAAAAAAAAGGACCUGAGGGAGCCAUAUGCAUCAAGUGAGUGUUUCCCCAUAACAGAUUAUUUAUAAGGGAACAUGUAUAGUGCCCUCUUUUGAGUGAUGCCGACAGACACCAAGCCCUCCUUUUCACCGAGUCCCAGCCUUGCAUUCCAACCUCUUGAUCUCUGCCCUCUCUCAGGUGGAUCUUUGUGUUGGACUUUAUGUUUCAGCAACCUCACCAUGGCCACAUAAGCCACAACCUUUUAAAACCGUUUAUUUCAUAGCAAUCCCUGUUUCUGCCAGACAGAGAUCUAAAAUGGGAGUUUCUCACUGUGUUUAUCUGAUCUGCACACUUUAUAUCCAGCUGUUUUGGCACUUUUACAUUUUCUUCACCUUUGGUAUUUGUUUUGCAAAUUCUUACACCUUCUCUCCAAGCGGAGGGCACACUGUGGUCAAAAUCACUUAUUUUAUUAGGAAAAAGAGCUAACUGUUGCAAAGUGUAGUGUCCUUUGUUGAAGGAGGAGGGAUGUAAGCAUAGAUCUGUUAUUGUUUCUGGCUAUUCUCAGCUCAAGCCAUGUUUAAUUCAUUCUUUGUAAAAGCCUUCAGUUGUGCCACAGAAAACCUGGUAAGAGAAUUGUCAGUUUCAUUGGCCUUAAGUACGUAAUGUGGGUGAUGUCUUGCCAUUGAGGUUUGGAAGCUCUUAAGUGCUGAUUAUGGAUUACAGAGGGCUGAUAAAAUUACCUAUAUUGGGAAUUGAGAGAAGCCCAAAAAAAAAAAUCAAAUGUGCUUUUGAUGGAUAGAAUGUAUCUUAUUAGCAUUAUGGGAGCUCCUUAGAGGGCUGUCUUCACUGGAAGAUUUAAUGCCCAAAACAUUUGGACAGAUUAUGCAGCCUUCUACUAGCAGGUUAUCUUGAAUGAAGAAGAAAUAGCAAAAAAUAAUAAUAGUAAGAGCAUUACAAGUAAACUAAAAGUUCAGAGUUGUUGACAGAUGUUAAAUGUUAGGUUAUCCUGUGAGCCUACUCCUGUCCAAACAUUUUUCUCAGUAUUUCUUUAGAGAAUGCUGCAAUCUGUAGAACUUACUCUGAAGGAUUUUUUAAGAAGAGAAGCCACCAACAGGUGAUAAUUUUUAUGGAGCUAUUUCUUAAUUGGCUUUCCCUCAGUUCAAAUAGGUAAAUAACUUUGUUUUGCUGGGAGGAGGUACAUGGCUGAAGAGGGGGCAAAUAGAUUAAGAUAGCAAUGUCUUGCACUUCCUGUUUCCCUCAAAACGACACCACAUUGUGGGUCGCAGGAUAGAUGAGGGUUGAGUGGAAUUUGGAAUUCAGGUGAAGUGCUUGUAAAGUGCAUGUCAAGCUGACAACAGACUUGACCAUUAAUGAGGACAGUGUUGGUAGGAGUCAGAAAAGAGCUUCAUAUUCCUUUUAUAUUACUGAAGCAAUAAGCAAUCUGAGCUGAAGCAGCAAAAAGAGUCACAUUUCCAUCAGGUCAUCAUAUUCCCUGAGUCUCUGCAAUAAAAGCCAUGUCAGAGGAGAGAUUAUAACUAGGUAACUAUAACAAGCACUUGAGCACUUACCGUGUUCCAAGCACUAUCACCAAGGUACUGUUUGGAUUUAUGGCAGUCUAACGGUAAGAAAAAUGUGGUAAAGUGAGGUAAUCAUGCUGCUAUAGCUUUUUGCUUUUUUUCAUAUGGUAUCAAGUUGGUCAGAAUUUGCUUUCUCUGACUGGUCUGCUUCUGUGUUUCUCUGUGAUGGUGUUAAGACUAUGAAAGAAAAAGAAAGAUUACCUAAGACUGCUAUGAGCAUUAACUAUAUGCCCUUAAGAAUGAGCUUGACUUUGGAAGUACAGCUUUUCAGAUCUCAGUCUACCCAGGGCCUUUGUUUAUGCGUCUGUGGUUCUGUAGACCCCUGGCUUUCACUGUGUUCUCAGAGGUACACCAGAUUGAGAACAGAGUUCUUCUUUGGAAGUCCCAGAGCAAAAUCACUGCCAUCAAGUGAGUUUGCAUUCAUAUUUGUUUCCCCUUCCAUCAAGGGUUAGUUUUAGUCAUCUCUAGCUUGGAGUUCCUGAGAAGGCUGGUUAUGGGACUGAGCGUGGGAAAGGAACCCUCUUCAGCAUUACCUCAGUCCCAUCAGUCUACUCCAUUGUGACCUUGAGCCCCACACAUGCUUGACACCAGACUAGACUUGUCACAGGGCCAAACCCAACAGCCACAUGCCACAGCUUCACUGCAUUUUCAGCUACACCUUUGGAGGCCACCUUCUCCUAUCAACUGUGGAAAGCCAAAAGGGCUCCCUUCUCCAUUCCCCUUCCCUUUUUCAAGUCUAAUAGUGAAAUCUCCUGCUUACCCCAGCAGUAAAUAGAGCAGUAAAUAGUUGCCUUCCUACCCCUUACCUGGGGGCCGAUAAUUUGAGAUACUUUGUUUUUUCAAUACGUCAGUUGAAGGAUUUAGUUUCUUAAAAGCAAGAAAUGUUGGAGUGUUGAAUUUCUAUUUAGAGUCUCUUUUCAUGUUUGAAUGAUUGUUACUAGUUCUAGAAGCAUUCUCAUUGUCAUGACCCAAUUAUGUAUACUCUUGGGUUUAGGAAGGACAAAAGUGAUGAAAUUUGCAUGAGAUAGAAUAAACAUCUUAGGAGGAGUGAAAGAACCUGAGGAAGAGACAUGACCCAUAAGGGAAUGAAUGCAUAAGCAGAGCCUUCUCAGUAGCCCAGAGUUUCCAGGAAACAGGAAGAUUUAUAUCCCUUGCCUACUCUUAAAAUACAUAGAUACAUAGAAAGGCAGUCUCUGUAGACAACACAUGCACACACCCACACAAAACAGAAUUCCUGGGGCUUCCUUUUUCUGAAUGUUAAUCCAUUUUAUUGAGCAAUGAUUCCCAAACUUUGAGAUUUUCAGAUUUUGUGCUCUCGUUUUUUAGAUUUUAUGACAGUCAUUCUAUCAUCCUUAAAAAUGUAGUAUAUGUGUUAUAUGUAUAUAUAAGUUAAAGCGACUUGAAAUUGACUUGGUUUGGCAUUGUCUCAAGAACCCUAGAUAUCAUUGAUACCAUGGGGAAUCAUAGAAAUAAAGUUGAAUAUCACUGAUCUGAGAGUAGGAUCCAGAAAUAAGUAGUUUCAGUUCCUGAUCAGUUAAGCCUCAAGUGCUUGAGUAACCAACACAGCAAGACUUGGGAAAUGCAGUGAGCUCCCGAGGAAAGGAAAGCGGUAGUCUUUGCCUGCAUUUCAGCAUGCAUUUUCAUUUCCUACUCAGUUCUAUCUUCCACUUAAAUACCCUCAUUUGACCCUAGGAAGUUUUUGGUUUUUUUUUUAGUUUGAGACUUAAAACCAGAUUUAUCUGUUGUUGUAGAGAGAUUUCCACAGAAGUUGUGUUUUACGGACCUCCAUCAUCUUUGUGGGGGUACAGAUAUUUAUGUGUAAAUAUCAUUUUAUGUGAUUUCCAAAUUUUCAAGGGAAACAUUUCAAUUUCCCAGUUCAACAAAAGGUUAAAUACUAAUUGACUCAAUGACCACCUUCAGAAAAGGUAAAUAGUAAAUUAGGUUAAAUUUUGACUGGUGCUUAGACAUUUCCUAGUUAUAUUAACUUAAGCAGACAGCAACACAUUAACCUGAGUUACACCGGUGAGGAAUUUACAUUCUAAAUUUGAUUUUGUUUUUCAUCUCCAGGGCCUUAAUAAGAGUGUGUUGACACACAACUAUUUUACAAUGAUAGCUCUAAAUAAUUUAUUUUUUAUUUCAAGAAAGAGAAAUACACCUUAGAAAAACAAAACCCAAGAUUUUAUUUUAUUUUUAAAGCCAUAUUUUUGUGCUAGUAGCAUUUAGAUUGUUCCGUAUGUGAGAUCCAUAUCUGCAUUUCAUUACCUGGGUUUGUUCUAAAGAAGAUUUAUUUUUGUUCUGUGAAUAAUUUUUGACGGUUCUUGUACAUGUACAGAUAUAGAUACGUUUGAGGUCUUUUAUUGAUAUUCCUACAAAGAAUAUAAAUAAACUUUAACUUUAA